UGUGCAAGAAUUCUUGUACAUACAUUCAUACAUAUAUACGUAUAUAUAUAUACAUAUACAUACACACACUACACAUGUUAAGAUUAACAGUAGUAUGAGUAGUAUGACAGUAGUAUGAGUAGUAGUUUGUGACAGUGGUGGGCAAUUUACUCGUGAAGGUAGAAAUACCAGUGUAUGUAUAUAUUUGAAGUUAAGGUCCUACAAAAAAAUCUUAAACUACAUAAUAAUUACAGGCAAGACGGAAUUUAAAGUAUUAUUAGUAAAAGCCUCAGUACUACUUGUGCAGAAAAAUAAUUCUGUGUCACGUUAGUUUAACGUAUUUGUUCAAUUAAUCUAUAACAAUAAAUCCCAUUUGUAUGCUAAUCAAAUGUUUUGUGUGUGAAAUCUUCCCCAGAAGUGUUAUAUGUUUCAACAGAUUCAAUAAUAUUUUCUCUAGACUUUUUUUUUGAUAUGUUAGUGUUGACACUGGAACUCUGUGUUAAUGUUCAAAUAAAAUCAGAAGUCAAAAAGCCCCUGGGAAUGCUGACAAACCUGAACCAAGCCUAACUUAAGCCAACAGCUUUUUCUCUGCAGAGCUUAGGCACAAACCAUAAAGAAGAUAUAUGAGAUUUCAGUAAAUUCAUCUACAGCAUGUUUCCUUGCUGCUUGAAACAGUUGUAUACUGUAGGGUAUGAUGUUCAACCUUCUAUUGAAGGCUGCAACAACUUAUUUCAUAGAGUUAUGGUUAUUGAUAAAAAAUGGAUUAUAAAAAAGUUGGCUUUUAAAUUCAUAAUUGAUCAGUUGGAUUUGUUAUAAUAUAAAGUUCACUCUGUAAUGUCUCCUGAGGUGAGGGUAGUCACCCAGGCAAUACAGUGCCUUGUAUAGCUUACGUGACAAUGGCGUCUCCUCUCUGGAGUAAAUGUUGGCAAACACCGCAAAUGAUACAGCGGAGAGAAGUCGUCAAAAGUGUGGGGACACUUUAAAUUAAAGCCUUCUAGAAAGAUCAUUAGCUGCGAAAUGCACAAAGCUAAUUUCUCAUGGAAACAGCAACAUACCACUGUGGUAUGAACAUGAGACAACAUGUUGGAGCCAUUCUUCUUCUUCUUCUCUUAGUUUACUGGUGGAUUGUAAACAGUUUAAAGUUCCAUCCCGUAGUGAUAUUGUGUUGCUGUGUCAUGUGAAAUCAACUUUGCACAUGUUUUGUGUGACAAUGUUAAUGUAAAGUGUUUCUACAGUUUUACUGGCUGUUAUGACUUCCCUGGCUCAAGGAGGAGAGAGAGCAGUGGUAGAAAGGCUUAUAGUUUUUUUUUUUUUAAGUGGGUGAGCACUGAUAGUGAACACAAAGCUGUGAAACAAUCACACAAAACAUAAUUUCUGAUGGUGAUGGUUUUGGCUAUUCUCUCUUGGUUGUCGAGGACAGCAUCCUAGAUGAGGCGUGGGGUGGUUUAGCGGGACCUGGGGGUGUGCGUGGAGGUACUCCUGAUGGAAGUUAUGGGCAGGCAAGUGCCAGGUUCCACCAGGUUCCAAGUGUGUUUGUCUCAACAUGAGUUCAUCUGUACAUAAAUGACAAUAAUAAAACCAUGAUAGGGUCCUUUUUAUUUUGGGUUGUUUAAAUUAUAUAAUGUUUGGUCCAUACUGCAAAAGCAAAUAACAUUUUGCAUGCAAACUUAUCAUGAAAACAUUUUUUGUGCGCGUGCACAUGUUGAAGAGGAGGACACUUAAUCACAAAAAUAGUCACCCAUCUUUAGGUUUUACACACUGCUGUUUACAUAUAAACUGUUUCACAUGUUCCCUUGUUUUACAGCUACAGAUUUUAGAUAGAAUGUUCAAUCCAAUUGUAGCCUAUUAAUUCUGAAAAAUGAUCUUACUUUCUGGUUCUGAGAGGGAAGAUGUGCCCAGGAGAUGCAACGGCUGACACAGUGCCCAGGUCUGAGUCCAGAUACUCACCUGAGGGUACACCUGAGAGUGCUGUUUCCAACGAUGGUCCCUAUGUCUUGGUCCAGUUAGGCAAACCUUUCCCCUUCCAGUGGUCUGCUUCUUUCUCUGAUGUUUGGCAAUAUUUCCUUUGGCUUCAGAUUUGAGAUAAAACCCCUAUAUUUUUACUUUAUCAACUUUGCAACUUUCUCCUGAUAUGACAUUCACUGAACGUGUAACUGCAUCUCAUGUACCUUUUUAUUUUUAAUGUUAUAUACAUCCACUGCUGACACUACUAAAUACAACUUUGCUGGACCUCCUGCAGCAGCCCCUCAACUUCAAAACUACUAAAGUUUUAUUGUGGUACCCCAGUGUCUUGAUUAUCAUUCUUAAUUUUCUUCUCCAUCUCUGUGAUUUCUGUGUGUGCACAAGGCCUUGCUAUCUUAUGACCUUUUAUGGGUGUUUACCUAUGCUAAUUAGGAAUAAAUUGCAGAUGUUUAUUAAUUUACUAAAAUAACAAGAAUUAUCAAUGUAAGAAUACUGGUGCUAACAGUUUUGCAGUUUAAGAACACAUCAUGAAUCUGAAGAAGAGUUUUCUUAGGAACUUUUUUCUUUCAAAUAAAUUUUAAAAAAACUUGGCGAAUGAGGCCCAUUGCUCUGUGGUUUUUGAAUGGAAUGUGCUAAUGACUAUCUUGUUGGAAAUAAUUCCCAAGGGUCUGGGCCUGCACAUAUCUGCGAAUACAAGUUGAAUACAAAUGAAGUAACCUGGAAAGCUGUGUAACAAAGAAGAGAGAUGAUUACUUGGAAUGGCCAGAUUACUUUAUGGCUGUCGCUUUUCUCUCUGCCCAAAGGAGCAAAGACCCAAGUUCGCAGGUUGGGGCAUGUAUAGUGAACCAGGAGAAUAAGAUAGUUGGCAUUGGUUACAAUGGUAUGCCAAAUGGCUGUGAUGAUGAUCUACUACCGUGGUCCCGGACUGCUGAUGAUCGGCUCAACACAAAAUACCCUUAUGUGUGCCAUGCAGAGCUGAAUGCCAUAAUGAACAAAAACAGUGCUGACGUGAAAGGCUGCACCAUUUAUGUGGCUUUGUUCCCCUGCAAUGAGUGUGCCAAGCUCAUCAUCCAGGCUGGUAUUAAGGAAGUGGUCUAUCUGUCUGACAAGUAUCAUGACACACCGGAGAUGACUGCUUCCAGAAGGCUACUCAGUAUGACAGGCAUUCAAUUUAGGCAGUUCAAGCCCAAGAAGACCAAGAUUGUCAUUGACUUUAAUUCCAUCAACCACCCUGUAAUGCCAGACAGCUCAGCCAUGUGAAAAUGAGAACCGCUCACCACAAGAAGCUGCAAAAUGAGAACCGCUCACCACAAGAAGCUGCAAAAUGAGAACCGCUCACCACAAGAAGCUGCAAAAUGAGAACCGCUCACCACAAGAAGCUGCAAAAUGAGACGUGGAGGAGGCAGAAGAAACUGUCAAGAUUAAAAUGAACCUUUUUAGCUUUUAGAAUUUUCUUUUGGGUUGAGGAAUAUACAGGGACUUUGAAUGAGUUGUCUGUUUGAGUUUAAUCUCUUUUGUGUUGUCAACCAGAUUUUUUUAAUAGUUAUCUGCUAAGGGGAAAACUUGAAAUGUGUUUUUUUAUCCUCCUUUAAACGGGGUUCUUAUUAGUCACAAGUAGUCUUGAUAUUCAGUUCAUUUGAUGUUUCACUAUGACAGAGGAAACUGAAUAAUAAAUCUGACUUUUCUGUUAAAAUUUGAGAGCUGCUCUGUUUUAAUAUAUCUGGGUUAACUAUUUAGAUUUCCACUAUACAGGUAUUUUUUCCUAAAAUAAGCACAGUUUGAACUUUGCAAACCAGUUUGCAAAAAGUUGCCGGUGUUUUAUGAAUAUUGUCUUUAAACCAUUUUUGGUGGUCUCAUGGAGAGCUGCCUUGUCUUAAGCUGUUAUCUGUAUGCUAUCCUCAAUAUAAAAAGGGAAAGCAUUAUGAAUGAAAAUAAAUAAAAUGAGUUAAAGUUGAA